GGAGCUGGUGACAAACUUGUGAUGUCACCAAAACAGCAUCGACAGUCCACAGAAAAUCAACACUGCCUCUCGUUCUUCCUGGGAAAAGACUGCAACAGACAGCAGGGACUAGACAAACCAGAACCGCCGCUCUCUGCUACAAGGCCAAGAUGUCCCUUUCCGGCUGGGUGUGUGUAGUUACUGGUGCCUCCAGGGGCAUCGGCAGGGGAAUAGCGCUCCAGCUGUCUGAGGCCGGAGCUACUGUUUACAUCACAGGACGGCAAGAGAAGACCCUCAAACAAACUGCUGCUGAGGUGACUGAGAGAGGUGGGAAGGGUGUUCCAGUGAUCUGUGAUUCCACAAAAGCGGAAGACAUCCAGGCACUUUUUGAACGGAUCAAACAAGAGCAGGAUGGCAGACUGGACAUCUUGGUGAACAAUGCCUACGCUGGCGUUCCGGAUAUUUUUGACAAUAUGGGUAAGAAGUUCUGGGAAACCGAUCCAUCUGUUUGGGAUAAUAUCAACAACACAGGCCUGAGGGGGCACUACUUUUUCUCAGUUUAUGGAUCUCGCUUGAUGGUGAACCAAGGUCAUGGGUUUAUAGUGACCAUUUCUUCUAUCGGCGGACUGCAUUACCUCUUCAAUGUAGCGUAUGGGGUUGGUAAAGCUGCUUGUGACAGGCUGGCAGCUGACAUGGCGGUUGAGCUGAAAAGCAGAGGAGUGACCUCCAUCAGUCUGUGGCCGGGACCGGUACAAACAGAGCUUGUAAAUCAGUUCGUCAUGCAGAAAGAUGCACCUCAGGGUUUGAAUCCCAAGUAUAAAGAUGUGUUCGCCAAUGGGGAAACUACAGAACUAAGUGGGAAGUGCAUCGUCAGCCUGGCUAAUGAUAAAAAUCUGAUGUCCCUGACUGGGAAGGUGCUCAUGACGUGUGACCUGGCCAGGCGAUAUGGCAUUAAAGAUAUUGAUGGGCGGGAUGUAACAGAUUUUACGUCCCUAAAAUUCCUCCUGACCCAGGUCCCGUACCUCUCCUGGCUUUCAGCAGUCGUCCCCUCAUUUCUUCGCCUGCCUCGCUUUGUGAUCACGCUGGCUACCAGACGCUUAUGAAGGGUUCCCUCAUCACUCCCCACAAUGCCAUACUGCACAGUUUCAAUAUCUGUGCUAAACGGCUCCAUGAAUGACAAAAAUUUUCCUUUUUUUUUUCUUUUUGGAAAGAAGUAGUCUUGAUUCAAUCAAAUCACAAAUAAGGAUAGCAUUUAAUGUUGCAGAUGGGCUGAAGUUGUAUCAAUGAAGGUCCGCAUGAAGUAAGCUUAACAGUAGCACUAAUGUCAGCCAAAGGUGAACCCUCCCAAUGUGAUUGUAACAACACUAAUUGCGCAGUUUAAAGAAGUCAUUUUGAACUAACCACUGAAUGUAUUUCAUUACGAUUGUAUGGAAGAAAAAGAAAAUAGGAACUGGGGUUCCUCUGGGUUGCCAGCUCCUUCUACCUGAAGAUGUUUGAAAGAUAAAAAUGUCAAGUUUAACCCAAUCAGCUGAAAAGAAGUGUGAUUUUACAUUGAAUGUAGAGUUUUAGUGUUAUGUUUAGCCUGCACUCGUACUUAAUUUCUGCUUUUAAUGUUCUUUUUUUUUUCUUGGAUGUGCAGGCAGUCAUUGUUUGUGCUUGAUGCGCUGUUUUGUUUGGCAGGAUCUUCAUUCGUGUAAUGAGCCUUAUUUUUCCCUGAGGGGACACUGAGGUGGAUGUACGGCUGUAGAUAAGCCAGAAGGAACAGCAUCGCCCCUUAUCUGUGAAGGAGUGUCAUCUCAUGUUCUAUAUGUCUUACAGGGUUAAAAAUAGGACUACAAUAAGAAACCAGUUGACAUUCUGAAAUUUCAGCUUGUUUUCUACCUGCCUAAUCAGCUAAUGUAUUUCUCCAACUAAAAUACAAUUCAACAAAGGAUUUUUUUUAAUCUCU